AUGUCCGCAGUCGACUUACAGGACGAAUUAGAAAGAGAGAAGGCAGCAAGAAACGAGGCGGAAGCUGCUAGGAGAGCGCUUGACGGUGAAUUAAGAGAAGAAAGGGAGGCAGCAGCUGAGCGAUUACGAAAAGUCGAAGAGUUUGCUCAGAUGAUAAGUCGUAAAGAUGCUGAACUGGUGCAAAUCAAACUUAGAAACGACGAAGAAGCAGCUACACGCCAACAGCUGGAAAAGUCUUUACGUGAGUUGCAGUCUCAGCUGGAUGACGCUAUGGAGGACCUGAAGCAGGAGCAUGCGUUACGGUAG